UACAGAGAUGUCCAAGGCCUUAGAAGGCUCCUGUAGAAGACUAGGCAGGAAAAAUAGACAAGCCAGAUAUAGAAGGAAAACAGCCAAAAAGGGCAUCAUAGUAAAUAUUGAACAUUAUACUCCUUCCCCCCGGGACAAACCCCCUGUUUGAAGUGACAAGAGCAGACCAGUUUGGUUUAGCUGAGGCUCGACGUGGUGCAGCUCCUGAGCUGCCUCCAGCAGAACGUGCUAAAGGCUGCGGUGCCCUGGUUUUCGCAGGGCUGUGCGACACUUUGCUCUUCUGUUGAUCACCUUUGUGUUUGUGUCAAACCUCAUGGAAACAGAAUUAAAAAUAAACUAACGUAAACUCUACCAUGUACAGAGGAAGGUGUAGGUCUGCCCAGUGCCUGCGGCGGAGAUGGACAGGCAGCCGCAGUGCGCAGGAGGGCUGCACAGCUGAACUGCUGCCUGGCCCUGUGGUUGGGUGGGUUUUACAUCUUGCUGUAUUGUGUGCUCAGGCAGUUGUGCAGAACAUCCUUCAUUUCUGGCUUCUGCUCUCCAUUACAUCUGUGCUGAUGGUGUAAGAGAAGUGACCGAAAAGCUCAUCCAGCCAGGAGCCCCAGCAUGUCACCCCUGUACACCUUCCACAGCAUGAACACUAUCACUUAAUGCCUUUUUUAUUUAUUUUUUUUUAAAGCCAGGGUCUGGGAAGCUCUGCAUGGGUGGUUUGUUGCUGGACUCUGUUGGCAGGUUAUUGCUGCAGUUGCUGAAGGUGCUGCAGGCUCAUGGUGCUGCCCCAAGGUCUUGGUGCCCUGUGCCAAGGGCGGCUGGGUGGUGGCGAUGGCCUCUCUGCUCUUGGGGCUUGGAGAAUGGGUUUACCCCAUAACUCUUCUUUCCCUGUUCCAUCAGAAAUGACCCCCCUGCCCUGCCUCUGCUCACAUCCUGAGUUUAUAAGCAUCUUCAGGUAGUAAUGGCUUUAGAGCUGCUCCUGAAUAAAACCCUAAGAUGAACACUGUAAGAACAGUAAGAGUGCUACACUAAUGUGUAAUAAAAAUCAAGUGCCCUGCUAACCAAAUACUUCAUGUCUUCCUUGAAUUUAAACUCUACUAAAAUUUCCUCUUUUAAGUGGACAAAAAAUGUUUUCAAGUGAUGAUGCAUAUUUUAAAUUCAUUUUUAAAUGAUUAUCUUAAGAUACGCUACAGACAAUGAAAAGCAGUGCGUGGGUGCUUGGGGCAACACUAGGGCAGACACACUCUUCAAUGUGAAUUAGUUUCUAUAAUCACCUAUUAUAUAAUCACCUGUCAUGUGUUUUAUUGUUGUUAUUAGUUAAUUUGCAUAAUAUUAAUAUUUAUUAUUACUCUGGCCCCCAGAAGGAUUCCAGGACAUCAAAAGAAGCUCUGGCAACUUCUCAUGCUCCAACUGCAACUGGAAGGCACUGGGACAGUGGCAGCAGAGCUCUGUGCUGUGUGACCGUAUCACUCCACGUAGGCAGAGAAUCAAUUCUGAUUGAUGACACCAAACACCCAAUUCCCAGGUGAUGAGAAAGUUUGUUUUUUCAAGUUCUGAGCACUGCACAGAAAUUUUCAAAGCAGUUAAUGUGCACCUUGAGGACUGAAUAUUCUGAGAGGCUUCAGAGGUGUGAACACAUCCUGUUUACAUCUGCCACCAAGACAGAGAGGCCGAGGGGAGCACACGGCUGAGGCACAGUUGGAGGCAGCACCGUGCACAGGGAGAGCUCCCUGCGGUGGGAGACGGCCCCGGCAUGGACACGCUUCCCAUCUACCACGGGCGCAUCACGCGGGAGGCUGGGGAGAAGCUGCUGCUGGAGGCGGGCGCGGACGGCAGCUACCUGCUGCGGGACAGCGAGACCAUCCCCGGAGCCUACUGCCUCUGCGUGCUGCAUCAGGGUUAUGUUUAUACCUACAGAGUGUCCCAGACAGAAACUGGAUCCUGGAGUGCUGAGACAGCGCCUGGGGUCCAGCGGAGGCUCUUUCGGAAAGUGCACAACCUCAUCUCGGCCUUCCAGAAACCCAACCAAGGCAUUGUAACACCCCUGCAGCACCCAGUCAUCAACCACAUGAAAGCCAAAUAUUCCCCAGGGAGGAAUGAAGGCCAUGACUUCCACCUGCAGCCAUCAUGAGGAUGUUUCCCCAACUGUGACAUAACCACAUCUUCCAGUGUCUCCUCUAGUCCAUGCUCUAAGACAAUGAUUUAUAUGAUAGUUAAUACAACUCCAUGAGUUUUCUUGUAACAUUUACAGAAAUGUGUAUUUCAUAGAAUUUAUAGUUCAAAAUGUAGAAGUUUAAGUUUCAGAAUACUUCGAAUUUGGAGUGAGAUUUUUUUUUUUGGUUUCUGUUUGUUUGUUUGUUUUCUAAGAGAGGACAAAAAAAAGGAAGAACAUAAUAUCUUUUCCCCCGUUUAUAAUGUCAAGUAAAAAAUAUUUUUCCCUUCAAGAUUAGUUCUUAAUUAAUAAUUUGUUACUAAUUUUACAUUGCUGAACUUUGGAGUCUUCUUUGCUUUGUUCUGAUUGGCAUUUAUGCAGAACUGGGCAAGCCCCCUUUUAUAACCUUAGGAGAAUUGUUUACAUUAAAGUGUCCUUGCCUUGGGUGGGCUGUGUGUCUGUCAUUCAUACAGUUCCUAAAGAUAUUCCAGAAGUGACACUGUGAGGAUCCUCACUAACUGCUUUCCCAUCACACCAGGCGUUCUGCCCUGUAACAAAAUCUUUAGCUUGCACAAAUGAUCAAAAGCAUAAGCAAUGCACAGGGUAACUGAGAACACCCAGUGAAGUGGAAAGCCUGGUUCUUUGCUUUUAGGUAUUCUCUGAACUUGAAACAAGCCACCUUUGCAUACAAUUUAAAUGGAUAAAUUAUUUUUCGUGACAGUUUCUUUGCUUUCUUUUUACUACCCAUGUAUUUCCAUGCUGCUGCUGGGCUCCUGGAGGGGAGGUUGAAUCUACAGGACUUGUCAGCUGUGCAGGGUUAGUGGGCAACACUGUUGCUAAGUUGUGACAAUUUCAGUUCAUGACUCAGUUUCUGUCUCACUGAAGGCCAAAUUUCAUUUGCAGUGAAAUGUCCUGUCAUAUUUUACUCUGUAUGUGUACGUGUUGCUCUGUGCCCUCUUGGUACGUGUGCUCGUUGGUUGAAACAGGUCUUACCUUAACAUAGUGCCAUACAGUGGCAGAUCCAGCAUGAUUUCCUCUUUAAUAAAAUAUUUAAAGGCUGUUUUUUUAA